GAAGAAACUCUGCAUCUCCGCCAUGGAAACAAAGCAAAAUUUGGGAGUUGCAGAGGCGUUGACUUUCAAGGAUAAACCAGAGUUCUUUGCUUCCGCCGAGGAAGCCGUACGAAGAGUUGUUCAGCUUUGACCAGCUUAAAUUACUAUCACAUUUCGCCGGGAUUUGUUUUCUAAGAAACUGAACCCGUGACCAGCUUUGUUUAGAAAGGGAGUUUAUAGGUCUGCCUUAAUGAGUGGCAUGAAUCAACAACAUCCCACCAAAAAAAGGCUCAUGCCAAUCUCACCCUCAGUAGCUCUACAAAUUUCUCAUCCACAAAGCAUGAUACAAGCUUUCUCAGCUCCUCCUUUAAGAAGAGGGAGACGCUCGUUGAUGUCUGCAGCAACCAACAACUCCGCCAUGGCUACUUGCAUUCGGGAUUCGGUAGAGGACGAGGAACACAUUUUCCGUAGCCAACUUCCCGAGGUCCAAGUGCCUGAUGAUAUCACAUUGCCGGAGUUUGUACUUCAGAAUGCUGAAUCAUAUGCUGAUAAUGUGGCAUUUGUGGAAGCUGUGAGCGGAAAUGCGUACACUUAUCGUGAAGUUGUGAGAGACACGAGUAGGUUCGCUAAGGCCUUGAGCUCUCUGAGGUUGAAGAAGGGGCAGGUCGUUAUUGUCGUUCUACCCAACGUUGCUGAAUAUGCCAUUGUUGCUUUAGGGAUAAUGGCUGCUGGAGGUGUGUUUUCUGGUGUGAAUCCAGCAGCUCACAUAUCUGAAAUCAAAAAGCAGGUGGAGGUAGCAGAUGCCAAACUCGUCGUUACAAACAGCUCAAGCUUUGAAAAGGUAAAGGAAUUAAAGCUUCCAGUGAUCGUAGUAGGGGAGGAACUGAUUGAAGGUUCCAUGAACUGGCACAAACUGCUCGAAGCCGCGGAUCGAGCGGGCAACAAUUUCGUCAAAGAAGAUAUCAAGCAGACUGAUUUAUGUGCCCUUCCUUUCUCAUCAGGCACUACAGGAGUUUCCAAAGGUGUAAUGCUAACUCAUCGAAAUCUAGUGGCGAACUUGUGUUCUACGCUCUCCGGCGUACCGCAAGAAAUGGUGGGCAAGGUCACGACGUUAGGCCUCAUUCCGUUCUUCCACAUUUACGGGAUUACCGGAAUAUGUUGUGCAACACUUCGAAACAAGGGAAAAGUCGUGGUGAUGGGAAGAUUUGAUCUUAGAACCUUCAUCAAUGCCCUGAUAACACAGGAGGUCACAUUUGCUCCAAUUGUUCCUCCUAUCAUCUUGGCCUUGGUUAAGAAUCCUAUUGUGAAGGAAUUUGAUCUAAGCGGUCUCAAACUUCAGGCUAUCAUGACUGCAGCUGCUCCGCUCGCACCCGAACUUCAAACGUCCUUCGAGAAAAAGUUCCCGGGCGUGGAUGUUCAAGAGGCAUAUGGGCUAACCGAGCACAGCUGCAUCACUCUCAACUAUGGAAGCAUAGGCAAAGACAAUCUCGCUGCAAAGAAAAACACGGUUGGCCGUAUUCUUCCUAAUCUAGAAGUCAAAUUCAUCGACCCCGACAGCGGUAGGUCGCUGCCGAAGAACACGCCUGGGGAAAUCUGUGUAAGAAGCCAGUGUGUGAUGCAAGGCUACUACAAUAAUGAAGAGGAGACUUCAAGGACCAUCGACGACAAAGGCUGGAUGCACACGGGCGACAUCGGAUACAUCGACGACGAUGGCGAUGUGUUCAUUGUGGAUCGUAUUAAAGAGUUGAUUAAGUACAAAGGCUUCCAAGUUGCUCCGGCCGAGUUAGAGGCAAUCCUCCUUACUCAUCCCUCGAUUGAAGAUGCAGCUGUGGUGCCGCUGCCAGACAAAGAAGCCGGUGAGAUCCCAGCAGCAAGCAUUGUAAUGGCUCCAAAUGCAAAAGAAACCGAAGACGAAAUAAUCAAAUACGUCGCUUCAAACGUUGCACAUUACAAGAAAGUUAGGCUUGUUCAUUUUGUCGAAACGAUCCCGAAAUCGCCGUCUGGGAAAGUCAUGAGAAGGUUGAUCAAAGAGAAGAUGAUCGAAAAGAUUCGAGCCGAGACGGCCUCUUGAUCCGUGGCUGUGAUGGCUAUAUUUUGUUUGAAUCCUCCAUUGCAAUGGGCAGUGAAGCUCACACUAAGCUCUUCUUCUUUCCCUUUCUCAAGUUCCUAGUUUGGCUGUUCUGUUAGGCCUCAAUGCAAGUUGUUGUUUAAUAAUAUGAAGCUUAUAUUUUAAUUUCUAUUUUUCAAUAAAUAAGUUUAUUUUUCUUUUUCCUAA